AUGGAUAACAGUAUCGAGUAAGAUUUCCAGAAUAUGCAAUUAUCUUUAAAAGAUGUAAAGACUAUUGAAAAUGUUUAAUAAAGAAAAUUUAUGGUAAGUUUAGCAAAAAAAGAUGAAUUGAAUGAAUAACAUAAAUUUGGUAAUGAUUAUUAAUAUUUUAUUAUAGAAAUAUAAGAAUUCAUUCUCUUGUUUGGAAAAGGGGUAGUUUGCUCUAUAAAAAAUGCUUAUAUAUGGAAUAUAUUUAAACUUAUGAAUGGUGACUAAAAAUAUGGAAUUAACCUUAAAAUCUUUUAUAGCGUAUAACAUAGAAAUCUAUGA